GAAGAUGCCAAAACAAAAACUACAUUCACUUCUUGUAUAAUGAAAAGGAUUAUAAAUAUUGAAAAGAAUAACAAUAACCUUCCAUUUGUCUUUGGAAAAUGUGCACAAUGUAAUCGAUCAAACAUAUCUCCAACCUGGUGUCAGAAAUGUGAACCUAAACUAAUAUAUAAAGAUUUGAUAAUUCCAUUUGAUAGAUUUAGUGAUAUAAAACAAAUUGGUAAAAGCAGAUUUAGUUGUGUUUUUUCAGCAACAUGGCUAGAUGGUACACGCAAAAUUAUAGGCAGUAUUAUGUUCGGCUUUAAGAGAAUAUGUAAUAAAUCAUCUAUAGUUGCAUUAAAGUCCUUACAUAGUUCUAAUAAUUUAGAAUAUUUACAGGAAUUUAAAAAUCAUAUGGAAUGUAGAUUAAAUG